AGUGUUCAACAUUUCCUUGAUUUGAUUUGUUGGGUUUUGUUCCUUAGAACUGAGUUUAUUCAUUAAAAAACAUAACAAAGCAUAAAAAGUAAGAAUGGGAAAACCCUGAUAAGUACAGAAAGAAAAUACUUAAAAUGUCCCAGGAAUUCCUAGAUUAGUCACAUUAAUGUAACAAAAGAAAGGAAAUGAUUAAUACAGGGUCAAAUAUUUGAACCAUCGUUAGAAUUUUAAACAUGCUUUAUAAAGCAUGUUUCAGUCACUUGAAAUGUUGUUAUGCAAAUUGGUUUUUGGUUUUUUUUUACAAUGAAUUUAUGCCUGCUAAGGUAUAGGACACCUUCAAUAUUAAUGAGGAUAAAAGUCCAAAAAUUAUUUUUAAAAUUUUUUUGAAAGAUAAAAAUUAUAAAAGCCCCAGCUGGAUUUGAACCCAUGACUUACAGGUUUGUACUAAAUGCUCUAACCCAUUGCGCUAUGCUGUUAGGUAACAAUUUUUGAAAAGAAGAACAAUUAUGAAUUUAUACUUGAUUUUGUUGUUUAUUUUAAUCGGAAGUAUGUCAUAAUAUGGAGGUGUCCCAUACCACCUUAAAUCAAUGUAACUAUUGUGCAGUGACUUUCCCCUGAGUUUUGGAUGUUGGUGAUGAAAAAGUUUUAGAAAAUGAAAUAAGAGAGUGAGAUAAAUGCUAAAUUUGCUAUAUACCCCAACUUGAUGUUUUUGACAAAAACAGUUUGUAAGAAUAGAAAUUGUAUACCUGGUACUUGUAUUUAAAAGAAAAAGUACACUUCUAGGGUUUUAUCAAAGUAAUAUUAUUUACAAACACAAAACAGGAAGCAAUGACAAAUAUCAUGGCUGUGUUUACUUAUGUUGAUAAGGAUAUCUGGUUACAAUCAGGUUAAAACAGAUUUUGCAUAAAGAAAAAAAAUAAGGAAGUACGGAGUUAUGCUGUUAAAGUGUUUGUAGUAGAAGGAGGAGUCUGAUAGGCUGUAAGGUGCUCUGUGAUUUGACAAAGUGUGCUGCCGAAUCUUCCAACAUCAAACAAAUUAUUGGAUCCAAACUGAUUGAGGAUGUCGGUUGACGGAGGAGACAGCAAGAAAAACGUCAAGAAGACCCCGAAUGACUUCAUAUUUGGAAAAGUCAUCGGUGAAGGAUCUUACUCAACAGUAUAUUUGGCAAAAGAAGUAGAUAGCAGUACAGAAUAUGCCAUCAAGGUGCUGGAGAAGCGACACAUCAUGCGGGAGAGGAAGACGCAGUAUGUGAUGAGGGAGAAGGAGGUAUUGAUGAAGCUGAACCACCCCUUCUUCAUCCGUCUCUUCUACACCUUCCAGGACACAGACAGACUCUAUUUUGUGUUGAGUUAUGCAAGGAGAGGAGAGCUAUUGGAUUACAUCCACAGGUUGUCCUCUUUUGAUGAACCAUGCACAAAGUGGUACACAGCAGAGAUUGUUGCAGCAUUAGAAUACCUACACUCCAAAGGAAUCAUACACAGAGAUUUAAAACCAGAGAACAUUCUUCUUAAUGAUGAAAUGCACAUACAGAUAACCGACUUUGGCAGUGCUAAGAUCCUGAAGGAUGUCAAAGGAGAAGAAGAAGCCCCCGUCAGUGGGCGGACCACUUCCUUUGUAGGCACAGCUCAGUAUGUGUCUCCAGAGAUCCUUACAAGUAAAAAGGCUUACUACAGUUCAGACCUGUGGGCAUUAGGUUGUAUUGUGUAUCAACUGAUGUCUGGACUGCCCCCGUUCAGAGGAGGACAUGAAUAUCAGAUAUUCCAAAAAAUAACCAAAUUGGAGUAUGAGUUUCCGGAUGGAUUUAGUGUAGUUGCACAGGACUUGGUGGAAAAACUCUUGGUGCUGGAUCCAGAGCAGCGAUUGGGUUGUGAGGAGAUGGGCGGAUUUGAGAAACUAAAAUCCCAUCCGUUUUAUGAGGGAAUUGACUUUGAACAUAUUCACGAGCAAAAACCCCCUCCCCUCAUUCCCUUUCUUCCUGCUACCUCUACAAACCCAGAAAAUAUCUGGAGCAAUUACAGGCAGCCUGGGUUUGAUGAUGCAAGAAUGGUGGAAAUAAUAACUCAAACAGUAAUAACUGAUGAUGAGAGAAAGAAACGACUGGAUGACCAGAAACAGACGAAUAAAUACCACAAGUUUGUGGAGAACAACCUGAUUCUGAAGCAAGGAUUCGUUGACAAACGCAAGGGACUAUUUGCCCGCAAAAGAAUGUUGCUAUUAACGGAGGGACCCCACUUGUACUAUGUGGAUCCAGUUAACCAGGUCUUAAAAGGACAAAUACCAUGGUCAGAAGAAUUGAGACCAGAAGCAAAGAAUUUUAAAACCUUUUUUGUUCAUACGCCAAAUCGUACGUACUAUCUGGAGGACCGAGAGUCUCGAUCUGAGGAAUGGGUCGCCAAAAUCUCAGAGGUGUGGCAGCAAUACUAUGGCAACAGAAACAACAAGAAGUGAUUGACGGAUUAAUCCAGCCACUCGCAAGAGGACGUGGUUUAUAUUGACAAGUUAUUUCAUUGGAUGUGUUUUAUCCGGAUAUUGUAAUUGAUAUGUCCCAAGAACUGACCACUGCCAACAAGUGCCCCCUCAGUGUGUGGGAGGAGUGUAGUGUGGGACACAAGACACAAAGAGUGGACCUGCAGCAGUCCUCCAUCUGUAGACCUGUAGCAGUCCCCUGUAGCCAAACAACUAGGAGCCAGACAGAUACUUUCUCCCCAAUGAGGACAAAUAUACUCAUUCCAGGGUAUUGAGUUUUCCUGUAGAUUUUUAUCAGAGAUUCGAGUGACUGUGUUAAGAAAUGCUGGGGUAGUUGUUUUUAAUAUAUGCAUGAAUUACAUAUGUCUAUCAUUUAUUUAUUGAUCAAUAUAAAGUACUAAUGAACUUCGGAAAGCUUGUUAAAAGUCAAUGCAACUUUUUAAAAUACCAUGAAUAUGACCAUUCUCCCAAGGAUUACGGGUUGGGAAUGUUGUGUUCCUAUACAUGUAAUGCACAUCAAAACUUCAAUAUAACCAACCCUAUAGGGAAUUUGCAGCGAUAUUGAAUAUUAUUUAUUUAUGUCCCAGCAAAUUCAUAUGGAAAAUUGUCAUACAUUGUACUACAUGAAUUGUUUAAUUUACUCUUCCUGUAAAACUGAAUUGUCCUAUUGGGAGAUUGGUCUGCCCCUGUGUGCAGUUUUUUUAUGCUUCUAUAUGGUGCAGGACCAUUAUCUGAUACGUAUCUGAAAAAGGUUGGUCCUACUGAUGUACAAAGAUCAGGACAACAGCCUUCCAGUAUCACAGGACAACAGCCUUCCAGUAUCAUUGAAACAAGAUAACAACAAUAUACCCAAACUUUCUGUAGAAAAACAUUUGGUUAUAAUGAUAUUUCAUGAAAAUUAAUAAUUAAACAUUCUAUACAUAUAAACAGUUUAGGAUGCUGGAACUUGUGUAGAAUGAAUGGAAUGAUAUGUUUGGUUAAUUGUACAGAAUUACAUUAUGUUGAAUGAUGGGUAUUCAGUCCUUUAUUUCUUGUCAAAUUGUGCGAGAUGUUAUGUUUUUCUGCUAUGCAUGAAAAACGUUGAUAAUGGAUGCAUGUUCAUGUGUACACAUGUAUUUACAGUCUUUACAAAUAUUUCCAUGAUCUUGUUUUUUAAAAGAAAAAAUUAUUCUGCUUUCAAAGGAAUCAAGUUUGCUUGAAAAGAAAAAAAAUAUUUAUUGUGCAUUCCCUGAUAUGAAAGAAAUAAUAAUUAAAAAGAGUGUAAAAACUGGAGAAACCGCAUCAAGGAUAAUAAAUUUUGUAUAUAGCUUUAUUCCAAAGAUUCAAAGUGGGGUAUUGUGUUUAUUUCAUUGAGCUUAAAUGGUUUUGUAUUAAUUUUGUCAUGAUAACAGAGUUAUGUCAUGUAGAGAUCUAAAUUGUUAGCAUGGAUUGUGAUCACAGAUUUAAUGAUCAGUCUUUGAUUAAGCAGUAUUUAUAGAAACUUCUUCAGAAUUGUCGAAGAUUGAUCAUGAUUCACAGAAUGGGAGGUGCACUGUUGAUUCCAACAAACCAAUACUGACUGAGUGAAGCCGUUGCAUGAUUGGUGGAUGUUCUACAUCAUUAGAGUUUCUGUGAACUGUGUGUUAGAGAGCUUCCUAGAACUAAUAACAGUUACACUGUAUCUUACUGCAUUAUUUAUUGAAUUUUUCAACAACAAAAAAGAAUUUAUCGACUUGUUUCAAUUAAUAUUUAAACUGUGAUAUUAUAUAUGUACAUGUAUGAAUAUACUGAACUUAUUUCCUCUAACAAAUAAAUUGUUAUUAGAUGUU